AUGCUCGCCUCCAAGCCACCGUAUACCGCCAGUGCUGGCAAUACCCAGCCGAUGCCCAUCCGCAACUUCUCCGAGACCUCGACCAGAACCCAAAUGACCUCGAUGGCUCUCCAGGAUGGUCUCUUUACCUCCCCAACGGACUCUGAAUUCUCCGAUGUCUAUGACGGGCUGGACUCGAUACGGGCAUGGGACGAGAAAAAGGUUGGAGAGUGGCUGCACUCAAUCCGCUGUGGACAGUAUGAAUCUCUCUUCAAGGCCAACAACUUCACCGGCGAGAGUCUGCUGGAAUGUGAUCAAAAGAUUUUGUCAGAAAUGGGCAUCAAGAAAAUCGGUGACCGUGUCCGAAUCAAUGUUGCAAUCAAACAACUUCGAAACAAGUCGUCCCUGUUGCGGUCCAGGAGAAACCGGGACAGUCUUGCUAUCUUGGAUGGCAUUGCUGGGACUCCGUCGUCCUCCGACUCUCCUCGAACUCACGGAUCCAGGUCUCACAAUGGCAGCGGCAAGCGCUUCUCUCGCCAGCUCGACUCCUCUGUUCUACAGAAUUUCAACUCGGCUAGCACAGGGUUCAAAGUUGGAUCGAGACCAAGCUCACCUUUAGCUGAUGUACACAGCGCAGGUCUCAGAUCCCAUCGUUACGCGCAGAGCCCCAUGGACAGUGGAAGAAACGCCUCUGGCGGAGGAUACUUUAGCCAACCAGGGUCAGCAAAUUCUACGUCCGGCAGACGACCUGAAACUCCGCAACUCGCAAAUCAAACGACACGAGCAGCUCAUCUCCGACAGAACUCGAGUAUCGAUGGCCUGACGCCAGGUGGACUGCCGUCGGGAUCUCCCGUCAUCAAAAUCAUCCACAACGGCGGCCAAACAAAGGUUGUCAAUAUCAAGUUCUGUCGCACGGCUGACGAUGUGACGUCGACGGUGCUGAAAAAGCUACAUCUUCCAGAAACGCAUUUUCGCAAUUAUUGUUUCUAUGUCCUCAACGGCCUGGAACCAGAUCCAGGAAAUUGUCGUCGAGUAAGCGACAGCGAACUUAUGAGAAUUUGUAAUGAGUCGACCCGGUCCGAGAGAAAUAGGUUGAUCCUCAGAAAGAUUAAUGACGGGCCUCCCGAUGUGGACGAACUCCACAAGGCUGCUAAAAUCGCGGCCGAUGAAUCACAAGUUCUGCACAGCAACGCACUGAGCUCGAACAACAUGCGCAACCAAAUCAAGCUUCAAAAGCUGACGGGCGAAUCCUGGCACAAUAUUCAGGUACCCAUCUCGCCAGUCACCACUACAGAUCGAAAUCGAAACAUCAUUGCUACUGCGGACGAAUAUGACCGACAGGAAGCCCAACAACACCUGAGAGUCCCUAGUAACCAGAGUACGAAGCUUCGUACGUUCUUUGGGGCACGACCUCCUAGCGAGAUGAUUGUGCAGGAGUUGACGUCUUAUUUCCCUGCUCACCAACGCGAGGAUAUCGAAAAGACUAUGAGACUGUCGGUCCGCCGCUCACAGCGCAUGAGUCGUGCACAAAGUCGUUUGAGCGUGAUGAGUAAUGUGAGCAUGGCUUCCAGUCUCAAGGAUGCUCCUCCCGUACCAAGCAUUCCUAGUAUCGCCGACUCCUGGGUCUACCAGACCGGCACGAGCUCUCGUGCUCCUGCAGCACGACCACUAUCCGUAGUGUCGAAUAGGUUCAACCUCAUGAGUCAGUCGUUCCGAGAUUCAAUCGCCUCUUCAACACUGCACCCAUUGCAGGAAGAAUCUCCUAUCGAGCCGAACAGGAAGUCAUACGUCUCGUUUGACAGCGGUUCCGACACUGCGGCCCAGAGCGAAGCAGCUAGGGCAAGCUACUUCGACGAGAGUCCUGGGGUUACCUUGAACAACGACAACAUGAAUGAACGGCUGUCGGUGAUCGUUGCUGAGGAUGGCGAGGAAGAAGAUCAGGAAUUGAACUCGUUCCUUCAAGGAAACAGCUUCGACAAGAACAACUGGAUGAAGGGCGACUUGAUCGGCGAAGGCUCGUUCGGCAGUGUCUACCUCGCCCUCCACGCUGUAACUGGUGAGUUGAUGGCAGUCAAGCAAGUGGAGUUGCCAAAUGUGGCAAAAGGUACCGAAGGUGAUAAGAAGAAGACGGCCAUGAUUGCGGCGUUGAAGCAAGAGAUCACGCUCUUGCAGGGCCUGCGCCACCCACAUAUCGUGCAGUACUUGGGUACUUCGUCGGACGAGGAGCACCUCAACAUUUUCCUCGAGUAUGUUCCUGGUGGCUCCAUCGCCGGCAUGCUCAAGCAAUACAACACCUUCCAAGAACCUCUGGUCCGAAACUUUACUCGACAAAUUCUCGAGGGCCUAUCCUAUCUGCACGCUCGCAACAUCAUUCAUCGAGACAUCAAGGGCGCCAACAUUCUGGUCGACAACCGCGGUGCCGUGAAAAUUUCCGAUUUUGGUGUCUCCAAGAAAACGAACUUCAAUGGCAUGAAUUCUGCGCCCGGCACGCGCACAUCCCUCCAAGGAAGCGUCUUCUGGAUGGCUCCUGAGGUGGUCCGCCAGUCGGGGCAGUCGAUCAAGUCGGACAUCUGGUCAGUCGGAUGUCUUGUGGUGGAGAUGUUCACAGGAUCCCGCCCAUUCCCGUCAAUGACAACCCUCCAGACUCUGUUCGCCGUGGGAAGCAACAACGAGAAACCGACCAUUCCCGAACAUGCGAGUGAGGAUGCGAAGCGGUUCAUGGGGAAGACCUUCGAGGUUGACCAUGAGAAGAGGCCCGGCGCGGAUGAGUUGUUGAGAGAGACGUUUCUGUUGCCUACAGCGUGA